AUAUUAGAGUAACAGCCAACUAUUCCCUAGCGUCUUAUGUACCUGGAGGAUUUGACCUAGACAAGUGUACUGACUGGUGCCAUCCGCUCCGUGUCACCUUCACUGAACCAGGGAAGAGAGCUCUGGGAUGGACAAAAGGGUAUACCUGGGGUCUUAGGAUUUACAAGGAAAGAUAUGAUGAGGGAUUAUUGUUCACUAUCAGAUUAAAAAUAGAGACCCCCUACAAUCCUUUAGGCCCCCCAACCAAGUUCACACCCCUCACCCAUACAAUUACUCAGCCUACUCCAGUGAUUGCGGACCCCCUUAAUAUGGCCGCUAUCACCCAACCUCCCACUCCUCAGGUACCUCUAACUAUUACCCCCGAGAUUCCUUCAAGACAGAGGAUGUUUAACCUAGUGAGAGGAGCCUUUUAUGCCCUUAACAGAACUGAUCCAAGCGCUACUGAGGACUGCUGGCUAUGCCUGUCCUCGGGUCCGCCUUAUUAUGAAGGAAUCGCCUUCAAUAGAAAUUUCAACAGAACCAGCAGCCAUACUUCCUGCUCUUGGGGUACAGGACAAAAACUGACCCUGACUGAAGUAUCCGCGAGGAAUCCAGGUCUCUGUAUAGGUACCCCACCUUCCACUCACAAACACCUAUGCGGACAAAUUCAGUCCGUGUCCAGAACGGAAGCUAAUUACUAUCUUGUACCUUCCCCAGUUGGAUGGUGGGCUUGCAAUACAGAACUUACUCCCUGUGUAUCAACUAAGGUUUUUAAUUCAUCUCAUGAUUUUUGUGUCAUGAUCCAGCUGUUACCCAGCGUAUAUUAUCACCCUGCAUCCAGUUUAGAAGAAAGCUAUGCUGGCCGGCGGUCAAAAAGAGAACCAAUUACUUUAACCCUGGCUGCAUUCAUGGGAAUAGAUAUGGCAGUAGGAGUGGGGACGGGAGUGUCAGCUUUGAUAGAAGGAAGACAGGGAAUUCAGUCUUUGAGGGAUGCUGUCAAUGAAGACCUAGCGGCAAUAGAGAAGUCCAUUGACGCUUUAGAAAAAUCUUUGACCUCCCUGUCUGAGGUAGUUUUACAGAACAGGAGAGGUCUUGAUUUGUUGUUCCUAAAGGAAGGAGGACUGUGUGCUGCCCUUAAAGAAGAGUGCUGCUUCUAUGCAGAUCAUACAGGAAUAGUUAGAGACUCUAUGCAGAAACUGAGAGAAAGAUUAGAGCGAAGGAAAUGAGAACAGGAUGCUCAACGGGGGUGGUUUGAGUCUUGGUUUGAAUCACGACCAUCUUGGAUAACUUCUUUAAUUUCCGCUGUAGCCGGACCAAUCCUUAUGAUAUGCUUAGCUUUAGUUUUCGGCCCUUGUAUAAUAAAUAGAGGAAUGGUUUUCAUCCAGAAUAAAAUUGAUACAGUAAAACUCAUGGUUCUUCAAAGGCAAUAUCAACCUAUAGUUCAGGUAGAUGAAGAGUUAGGGGACACCAAUCUCUAAAAUUCUAUGAUUAGAAUUAGUCUAAACAGAAGAAGAGGGGAAUGAAAGGAAAUAAAACUGUAAUUCAUGUAAUGUAUGUUAAAUAGCCCAAAGAGUUGUUUCUGAGCUUUGAAACCUGGGGCUGAGAACAGACCAGGACAUGCCCGGGCAAGCCCAUUGCCUCCCUAGCUCCCACCCCUCUGACCUAAGUUAAAUGUUACAGGCUGCUGAUGUUUAAAUGGACCAAUCAUGUGAAACCGCGCCAAUUCCUCCCCCAGCCCCACUCCUUUUCUAUAAAAACCCCUAGCUUCCAAGCCUCGUGGUCGAAUCCACUGUCUCCUGUUAUGUGAGAUACGUUUCGACCCGGAGCUCUGCCAUUAAAAAACCUCUUGUUGUUACAUCAAGGUGUUGUGUUCUAUUCGUGAUUCUUGGGUGCACGCCGAAUCGGGAGCUGAGUGGGGGUUUCCCCACUGAGUUCUUUCAGUUUUCUCGUUACACCAUGUGGGUUCCAGGAACCCAAUGAGGGUUGUCAGACUUGGCAGAGAGUGCCAUAUCACCAGUCCUCUAUGCCUCAUUUUCUGAGGCAGGGGAUUUUAUUUUUAUUAUUUUGCCAUGUCAAAUACAACAACCAAAAGAAACUCAAGGAAGGAAGGAGUUUAUUUCAGCUUACAAUCCAUCAUUGACAGAAGGGAGGGACAGAACUCAGCGGUUACUUGGAGGCACAUCUGCUUGCUAUUGCACAAAGCACUAUCUCCUACUGAGGAACUCAUUUCACAGCCAAAAAGGUACAAUAGAAACUGUAGGAUACUGCCUUCUAGCCAGGUCUCAGCCAGCAUUCAUAGACGGCUCAGGAUCACCUGCCCAGGGUAAUCAUGGAACAGUGUUGCACACCAUGUACUGACUAGGCCCUCUUCCAUCAACUAGCAAAUAAGACAAUAACUCUAGACAUGUCCUGCAGAUGGUCUGAUCUAACUAACUGGGAGCCGGGCGUGGUGGCGCACACCUUUAAUCCCAGCACUCAGGAGGCAGGGGCAGGUCGAUUUCUGAGUUGGAGACCAGCCUGGUCUACAAAGUGAGUUUCAGGACAGCCAGAGAUACACAGAGAAACCCUGUCUCGAAAAACCAGAAAAAAAAAAAAACCUAACUGGGACACAGAGUGUCUCACUGAACCUGGACUUGGACUGGCUGGCCAACCAAUCUCUCAGAUCCUCCUGUGUUGGCAUCCCCAGGGCUGAAAUUCAUGUACAUUCCACCAUACUGGCUUUUACUGAGUGCUAGGCCUCUGAACAAGGUCCAAGUGCUUUGAUAGCAAGCACUUUGCAACCACUGAUCCAUCUCCCCAACUUCCAGCUUUCAGUUUCUGAGGAGGGGUCUCGUGCUUCCUAGGCUGACCUCAGACUGUGUAGCAGAGGGCGGUCUUGAUCCUGAUCCCCCUGAUUCAAAAACCCCAAGGUACCAUCUUGCAUAACUCACAGCUUUCUUAGAAUUGCUCCCCCACUUCUCAACUACCCACUUACAGAACACUGUGAGUUGCUUAUAAAAAUAGAAAAUAUUAACCACUACAUUUGUUUCAGUAAGCAGUGACUUGGAGCAGAGUUGGCAGCCUUCCACAAAAUCCAUCAGCUGGCUCCUGCCAUCUCUCUUUCCCUCACUCAGAAUGUCCCAUUCCAAGUUCCCAUCUGUCCUCACCCGAGCUUCUCUAUGGGGACUAUAUUUCCAGGUUUUUGUUGUUGUUUUGUUUUUGAGACAGGCUACACAUGACCCUGGUAAUCCUAGAACUUGCUCUGUAGACCAGACUGUCCUUAAACUCUGGGAUCUGCCCAUCUCUGCCUGCCAAAUAUCCAGAAGUUCUUUAAAAUAGGUUUUUUUUUUAAAUUAAAAGUUUUUUUUUUUUUUUUUUUUUAAUUUUUAAAUUUCAUCUGACUUUCUGUGUCUGAAUGUUUAGCUCUACGUGUGUACACCAGGUGGCACUGUGUGGUCACUGGAGGUCAGAAGACCCAGCUUGGUUUCCUGGAACUGGAAAACCAUCUGUUGUGAGCCACCAUGUGUAUGCUGGACCAUGUCUAAUGCCAGUCCUCUACUAAUUCAACAAGUGCUCUUACAAGCUGAAACAUCUUUCCAGGCCCUAAAAUAGCUUUUCUUUCUUCUUAAGAUUUAUUUAUUUUUACGUUCAUUGGUGUUUUGCCUGUAUGUAUGUCUAUGAGAAGGUGCCAGGUCCCCUGGAACUGGAUUUACAGUUAUUGAGUUGCCGUCUGGGUACUGGGAAUUGAAGUCAGGUCCUUUGGACGAGUUGCCAGCGCUCCUAACUGCUGAGCCAUCUCUCCAGCCCCAUAAAAUAACUUUAUUUUUCCUUUA